CUUGUCUCUCUCUCUCACUGUUUCUGGGUCUGGAUUCCGUCGAUUCCCCGGCAGUCACUCGUUGGCGUUCAAACGAAGUGGUUUUCGCAUUUCGUCUUCGGCCAGCCUCCUCUUCUUGUUCGCAUCGAAGAACGGUGUCCUUGAGCGCGCCAUGGCAUCCGUAUGCAUAGUUGGUUCUGGUAACUGGGGCUCGGCUAUCGCAAAGAUAGUCGGCACGAAUGCGAAAAAGCAAAAUUGCUUCGAUGAUCGCGUCACCAUGUAUGUUUACGAGGAGAUUAUCGAUGGGAAAAAGUUAACAGAGAUCAUUAACGAGACCCACGAGAAUGUCAAAUAUCUUCCAGGACAUAAAAUACCUGAGAAUGUGAUUGCGAUUCCCGAUGUGGCAGAGGCUGCGAAGGACGCGGAUAUUCUUAUAUUUGUUGUUCCGCAUCAGUUCAUUCGAAGGAUAUGCAGUACGUUGCGAGGAAAAAUCAAACCUACUGCUAUCGGUCUAUCUUUGAUUAAGGGUUUUGACAAGAAAGAGGGUGGUGGCAUUGAACUUAUUUCUCACAUAAUUUCAAAACAACUGCAAAUUCCAGUUUCAGUCCUGAUGGGCGCCAAUUUGGCUUCUGAAGUAGCCGACGAAAUGUUUUGCGAAACCACUAUUGGAUGCAAGGACAAGACGAUGGCACUGUUACUUCGUGAUUUAAUCCAGACAUCGUACUUUAGGGUGGUGGUCGUCGAGGACACAGAUUCUGUAGAGUGUUGCGGCGCGUUAAAGAAUAUAGUUGCCUGUGGCGCCGGCUUUGUCGACGGGCUCGGUCUAGGUGAUAACACGAAGGCCGCGGUGAUCAGGCUGGGUCUUAUGGAAAUCAUCAAAUUCGUUGAGGUAUUCUAUCCAGGUGGGAAAUUGGCGACCUUCUUCGAAAGUUGUGGAGUCGCUGAUCUGAUCACGACAUGCUAUGGUGGACGCAAUAGGAAGGUUUCAGAAGCCUUCGUCAAAACCGGCAAGUCUAUUGAAACGCUGGAGAAAGAGAUGUUGAAAGGACAGAAGCUUCAAGGGCCGUUCACCGCCGAAGAGGUCAACUACAUGUUAAAAUCGCAGAACAUAGAGGACAGAUUUCCGUUGUUUACGGCAAUUCAUCGUAUUUGCAUCGGUGAGCUAAAACCAAUGGAUUUAAUCGACUGCAUACGUAGCCAUCCGGAACACAUGUAAGCUUACAAGUUAUAAUAGCAUUAAAAAUGUGGUUUAUGGAUUUAAACAUUACGGAUUAAACAUAAAACCAAUUUGAAUACACAAUUAGCCCGCGCACAGAGCUAUAGAUAUCUCAACUUUCAUCGAGAAUAAUGUGGUUUUUAAAAAGCUCAAAAUUAAUCGAAACUUUUCCAAGUAAACUAUUUAGAAUUUCGUCUAAUUUUGCGAUUUUGGACAGUAGUUCUAUAAAUUGAAACUUUGUUUGUUGAUAAAAUCAUUUAAUAAAUUAAUAGUAAUCUAAAAUAAUUAAUAUGUAAACGAAUUCAUGUGGAAUCGAUUAUGGUACUUUUGGAUUGGGUCUGAUUAUAUUAUAUAAUGGCAAAGUUUUAGAAAUGUCUUUGUUCGUGAAAUUUUUCAUGACUUUAAGAUUUCGUGGAUUUGUAUAAUUUUGAGAAUUCUACAUUCAAAGGACUUUAAAAAACUGUAUGAAAUUUAAAAAAAUUUUUUUCCAAAAAUUGUAAUGUUAUUUAAAUUUGUUUUCAUAAUAUAACAAUAGUUUCUUACACACACAUACACACAUACAGAUUCAAAGAGUCUAUAAAAUUUGAAAAAGUUAAACAACUUAGUUAAUAAAAUUACGUAUCGCGUUGAGCGCGAUGGAUAAAUUGUUACGAUGAAUAUUUGUACAUAAUAUAUAUAUUUUAUCAAGAUUUUAUUCAGAGUUUUAAUCGAAUAUAUGAAUUAAUAACAGAUCUAUAGAUCCUUGAUCGUUGAUUGUUAUAUAUUGUCAAUUAAUCAAUCCCGCUAUGUAAAACAAGAGAAAAAAACAAAUAUAAUUAAU